AUGGAAAGAUGUUUGUGAUUCUUCAUUGCUUUCCCUCAUGAUAUUCCUUUCCUCAUGUGCAGGGUACCCACUACUCACACCCAAUCUGAUCUCCCAGUGGGAACAAGAGGAGGAACUACAGACAGUGAAGACAGAACUUAUCCAGGGCAUCUGUACCGAGCAGGACCAGGAAGGUUUUGAGUCUCUACAUAAUACUAAGGAAUUAGUUGCUCUUCAAGAUAACAAUGGAGAAAAAAUAUCCAAUAAACAGAAAAUAGUGAGAUUCAAAAGAAAUGGUUCCUGCUCCUCUAUUUUACAUGAAAACCAGGACUCCCAUGGUGUGGAUGAUUGGAACAAAAGCCAUGAGAAAGGUUUAAGUCAUGUGGUAGAGAACAUCUGUGAAUACAAUGAAGAAAAUCAAUGUGGACAAAUUUCAAAUCUUAUGCUCCAGAGAACUACUGAAGUCAAAUCCUUUGAAUGCUAUGAGUGUGGAAAGUCCUUCCUGUUGCAUUCAUCACUUAAGAAUCACACCAGAUCUCAUGCUGGAAACAAACCCUAUCAGUGUAAGGAAUGUGGGAAAGCCUUCCAUUUUCUUUCUUGUUUUAAAAAGCAUAUGAAAACUCCUACAGAAGAAAAACCAUAUGAAUGUAAGGAAUGUAUAAAGGCCUUCAGUUGUUUCUCCAUGUUCAGAGCACAUAUGAAAAUUCAUAGUAAAAAGGCAAAGUAUGAAUGUAAGGAAUGUGGGAAAACAUUCAGUAGUUCUUUCCACCUCACAGAACACAAAAGAAUUCACAGUGGAGAUAAGCCCUAUGAAUGUAAGGAAUGUGGGAAGUCCUUUAGUUGUUCCUCAUCACUCUCCAAACACAAAAGAAUUCAUAGUGGAGAUAAGCCAUAUGAAUGUAAGGAAUGUGGGAAGGCCUUUAGCUAUUCCUCUCAUCUUAUAAGACAUAUAAGAAUUCACACAGGAGAGAAGCCUUAUGAAUGUAAAGAGUGUGGGAAGGCCUUCAGUGAAUCCUCAAAACUCACUAUACAUGUGAGGACACACACUGGAGAGGAGCCCUAUAAAUGUAAGGAAUGUGGGAAAGCCUACAAUUGCCCAUCCUCCUUAAGUAUCCACAUGAGAAAACACACUGGAGAGAAACCUUUUGAAUGUCUGGAAUGUGGAAAAGCCUUUUAUCUUUCCACUUCCCUGAUCACACAUGUGAACAAUCAAAGUAGAGAGAAACCCUAUGAAUGUAAGGAAUGUGGGAAGGCCUUCAGUUGUCCCUCAUCCUUUAAAACACACGUGAGAGAUCACAGUGGUAAGGUGCAACAUGAAUGUAAGGAGUGUGGGAAGGCCUUUAGUCGUUCCUCAUCCCUCACUGAACACCUAAGAACUCACAGUGGAGAAAAGCCUUAUGAGUGUGAAGAAUGUGGGAAAGCCUUCAUUAGUUCUUCCCAUCUUACAGUACAUAGAAGAACUCACACUGGAGAGAAACCUUAUGAGUGUAAAAUAUGUGGGAAAGCCUUUAUUCGUUUCUCACCUUUUAGUAUCCACAUGAGAACCCACUCUGAGGAAAAACCCUAUGAAUGUAAGGAAUGUGGGAAGGCAUUUCGACAUUCUUCAUACCUUACUAUACAUGCAAGAAUGCACACUGGAGAAAAACCCUUUUUAUGUCUGGAGUGUGGAAGAGCUUUCAGUUCUCCCUCAUCCUUUGGGAGACAUGUGAGAAGCCAUACUGGAGAGAAACCAUAUAAAUGUGAGGAAUGUGGGAAAGCCUUCUUUAGUUCUUCCUAUCUUACAGUACAUACAAGAAUUCACACUGGAGAGAAACCUUAUAAAUGUAAAAAAUGUGGGAAAGCCUUUAUUGGUCCAGCCUACUUUCGAAGACAUGUGAAAAUUCACACAAGGGACAACAUAUAAAUGUAAGGAGUAAGGGAAUCUCUGCAAGACUUUUUCUGAACUAAUGCAAUUUGUGAAGUCUCAUUUUGUGAAGUCUCAUACUGUAGAGACACUAUAAAUGUGAGAAAAUAGGA